AUGUGUAAGUAUGUGAAGAUCAUCAUCCUACUAUUAUCAUUGAUCAAAUCCACUGAAACAUUUCGACUUUUCUCAUCCGAUGCUGGAACAUACAAAGAACCGCGACCUUUCUUUACAUCCUCGAAGCAACUCAUUGAUGAUUAUUUCGACGGAAACCUAGCGCCUGUUUCACGAACGAUCAAUUCACACACGUUUGUCUUCGUUAUGUACUAUGCAAAUUUCUGUGGUAUCAGUCGACGUAUGCGUGAUCCGUAUGAAAAAGCCGCUGCGUUCUACCGAGAACGUACUUCAGACGGAAAUGUUACUUUAGAUAAAUUUCAUGUUAAGUUCAUCGCUGUUGAUUGUUUUCAUUAUAAUGGUCAAUGUCGAAAGACGUACAAAUUGAAUUAUUUUCCUCAUAUGUUUUUAUACGUUAAAGGCACGCGAGGCUAUCAAUAUUUUGGACCGGCAAUUGCUUCCAAUAUAAUUGAAUUUAUCGAGAAAAUUCGUAUGCCUGUGAUGAGAUUAACCCAUGUAAAUGAUUUUUUAGAUUUUAUUGUUCAAUACGAAUCAACUGUUUUAGCUUCUUUUGAUUUUUCAAAUGAUUUACAAAGACAACAAUCUUCUCUCUACGUUCAAGCCGCUCUGAAACACAUUGAAUAUGAUAACGAACAUCCUGUACGUUUCGCUAUUAUUCUAAAUCAAUCAAUUACUGAUGAACUAUCACGACUUUAUGUGAAUAAUACGUUCCAAACGCCAUUCGUCGUUCUACAUCAGUUACAUACUGAACCUCAAAUGUUUCCAAAUAUGACGAAUAAUUUUACUAUGGAAAAUCUCUAUCAAUGGAUCAUCAAUGAAGAGUCUGAAGCACAUGUCGGUUGGCUUAUACCGAGAAAUCGUUAUUAUUCGCAUAGUCCGUCGAUUGACAAAGCGACUGUUACUGAUGCGCUGACUGACUACGACAAUCUCCUCUUAUUUUUCACCUCAAACAGACUCGACGAGAUAAAACUGCGUCAAAUUUAUUUCUAUCUUUCAAGUUGCAAUGUUACACAUUCAUCUCGAUGGCUCGAACAACUGGAACGGUUGUAUAAUGAUUCAUUCGCUGAUCUACCGGAGAAUCUGAAUAAGACGCAACUUCAUCGUUUAUCAUCAUGUUGCCAUUAUGCAUUAAGUCAAAUUUCGACAGAUGAUUUAUACAAUAUAUGUUUAUUAAAUUAUCCAUUGUCGCUAUUAAAUUUCUCGAAUAAACAUGCCAAUGUCUGUUUGCCGAUUUUGAAGAUUAAAUCCGUGGAAAAACUCUGUGUGGAACUGUACUGCCAACAAUGGUUGAGAAAUUCAUCGUUAACUUAUGAGAAAAGUUCCAAUACGAAUCGCGACGCUGUUCUCGAUAAGAGACGAGAUAAAUUUUACGAACAAAUUCUCAAAAUUCAACCGAAAAAGAUUCUCGAAGGUAAUAGUUCAACAGAAAAGUAUCGAAAUUUUCUAUGCGGAAUUAACUCAACGUGGGCAAUCCGAUUGAUCAACUCACGGCAUUACCCAAAUUUCGCUCAAAAUAUCGGUAUUAUGAAUACUUCAAGAGCAAUCAUAGUGUUGCAACCAAAACUGUCUGUUAAGAGAAACCAAAGAUUUGUUCGAUUGACUAAGCGUUAUAAAGCUUAUCAACAAGCACAUAACGAACAGCAUUAUAUUCUCAACGAUACUCACAUUACUACUGAAAAUAUCUAUAAACUUAUAUAUGAAAUCUCGCAUAAUGUACGAUCUCGCUCAUACACAAGCAUUCCAAAUGAUGAAGCAGUGAUAAACCAUUCCAAUAAGCUCAUCGAGUUGACAACUGAUACAUUUCAUCCAAUUGUUUUUGAUUCGACUAAGCAUGUUCUGGUCGUUUACUACACAAAAUGGUGCGGAUUUUGUCAAUCCAUCUGGCCAGUUGUAUAUCAAACAAAGAAGUUCUUCGAAAACUUUUCUGAUCUGAUUUUUACUCGAAUACAAGCAGAUAAGCAUGAUCUUCCAUGGCACUUAACUGCAUAUCAUUAUCCGACGAUAAUAUUGUUUCCUGCGAAAAAAAAGAAUCAUUCAAUCGUUUUUCCGACUUCCACCGAAUCGAUCACCAGUGUUAGUCUAAUCAAAUAUCUUCUUUAUCAUCUUUAUAUUCCUGACACUCCCAAUGAUCACUGGUGUCAACCGAGCAAUAAUAGUUUUCUUUCAAUGUUAUCAUCAACAUAUGUAGACUUUUCUCAAAUAUCAUAUUUAGUAAAGUCAUUUUCGUGA